AUGCGUAUUUUAAAUGUAGCAGAAAAGCCUUCAGUAGCAAAGUCUCUUGCAGAUAUUCUCUCGAAUGGAAGAGCACAGUUUUCAAAAGGAUACAACAAGUACUGCUCUGUUUUUAGAUUUAAUCAUUGCAUAGAAGGAAUCCCAUGCGAAAUGGUAUUUACGAGUGUAUUAGGACACUUGUACUCAUUGGAAUUUGCAAAGAAAACGAGCUGGACUGAGAUUGAUCCCAUAGAGCUGUUUGAGGAGGACAUAAGGUGGAUUAUUCCAAAGGAAAUGGCAGAUGUUUCAAGAACACUUGUACAUCUUAGUAAAGACUGCGAUAUGCUUAUUAUAUGGACAGAUUGUGAUAGAGAGGGGGAAAACAUAGGAAUGCAGGUGGCCAAUUUAGUUAGAGACAGAAUAAGAGAGGUAAAGCGGGCUAGAUUUUCAGGACUAAGUAAGUAUGAUGUAAUGCAUGCGGUGGAGAAUCUGUGCAGGCUAAAUGCGUAUGAGUCUAAGGCGGUUGAGUCAAGGAUAGAAAUAGAUCUUAGAAUUGGAGCAGCUUUAACACGGCUGCAAACGCUUCAGCUACAAAACAUUCUGGAUAGCAAGUCAGUCAUCAGCUAUGGAAGUUGCCAAAUACCGACUCUUGGCUUUGUCUGCGAGAGAGAAGAGAGUAUUGAAGAAUUUGUAGAGGAGAAAAACUGGACAAUAGAGGCAGAGGUGCAGAACAAUGGGGAAAGGGGUGUUUUUAAAUGGGAGAGAGGAGUAGUAUAUGACGAAGAUUAUGCAGGCAUUAAGCUGCGCACUAUUUCAGGAGAGGAACUAGUGGUAAAUAAAGUGGAAAUAAAAAAGCGGCAUAAGUCUAGGCCGUGGCCAUUAAGAACUGUUGAGCUGCAGAAGUUCUUUGCCCGCGGGCAUGGUGUGUCUAGUUCGCAUGAGCUUAUGAACAUAGCAGAGUCAUUAUAUACUUCUGGGUAUAUCAGUUAUCCCAGGACAGAGACAGAUGUGUUUUCAAGCCAAUUUAAUUAUAAAGACCCACUGGCAGCACUAAAGGGCGAUUCGGUACUAAGUGAGUAUGCUAAAAAGUUAGUGCCAGGGAGACCAUCUGCUGGAAGGCAUAAUGACCAAGCGCAUACUCCAAUAUACCCACUUAAGGCAGGAUCGGGGCUUAAAGGAAAGGAAAGAGCCGUGUAUGAAUAUAUAGCAAGAAGGUUUCUGGCAUGCUACAGCGCAGAUGCUGAGGGAGAGGAAGAGCUGAUUGAGUGCCAGGUGAAGGAAGAGAAGUUUAUUAGAAAGAUGCUAAAGGUAAUAAAAAAGAACUAUUUAGAGAUAUUUAUAUACGAAAAGUGGGGAGAUACAGAGAUUGAUCUGGCUCUGAAAGAAGGGCAGACAGUGAAGUGGGCACCAAACAAAAAGGAGUCGCACACAAACAAGCCGCAUCUUCUUACAGAGGCUGAGUUAAUUGCAAAGAUGGACAGCAAUGGUAUAGGGACAGAUGCCACAAUACAUGAUCACAUUGAAAGAAUUAAGACUAGAAUGUACAUUGAGAUGAUUAACAAAAACUCAAUAAGAAGCACUUGGCUGGGGCGUUCGCUUAUAAAUGGAUACAAAAGCAUUGGCCUUACUAUUAAUCAGCCGUAUUUAAGAAAAGAGUUUGAAUGUAACCUUAAGCGGGUGUGCAGCGGUGAGUUUCCUUCUUCCGAUUUGAUCGCGCAGGAAAUUAUUAAAUAUAAGGAAAUAUACACUAUUAUGGAGAAGAAUAUGCCUAAGUUUAAAGAAGAAUUUACAAAAAACAAAACAUCGGGGGAUGGUGGAGAGAUUGAAGAAAAAAGUCAGAAUAAGUACACUAGGUACAAAAAGAUUGAAGAUAGUAGAAGCAUAACAAAAACACAAACUCAUUCCAACAUCUCUUCCCUCAAGUCCAGAUAUCAAAAACCAAAUUCUCUUAAGCCUGAAAUUUCGGGUUAUUCAGGGUAUAGAGCAGAAAAUCAGUAUGAUUCGGGCGAGAAUAGGUACACAAAAAAGAAAAAGGAGGCGAAGGAGCCCUUUGAUGGCAUAAACAUAGAAGGCUCUUUUAAAACAGCACUUGACAUAAACAGAGCCACUAUUAAUGACAGGUCUAUAUCGGACAUACUAAAGCAGAAAGAAGAAAGCUGCAUAGCAGCCUCAGAUGCAUCAAAUAAUUCUUUUGUGCUGACUCUUCCUAAGGGAACUAUUGUGUGCGGAUGCAAUAUAAAAGCGAAAGAAGCAAUAGUGAAGAAAGAAGGCCCCAACAAAGGAAAGCUGUUCUAUACAUGCUCUGCCGGGCAGUGUGAUUAUUUUGGAUGGGGAGAUUCUGCUAAUGUAAAAAAAAGCAGCGAACAAGCAAAGCCAUACAGAAAAGAAAACCAGCCAGCAAAGAAUAGAAAUAUAAAGACUGUGGUAAAAGACAGUAUAAAGUGCGAAUGCGGUGCUUCUGCUAUAUAUUUACUUUCAAAAACAGAAAAGAACAAGAAUAGAGGCUUCUUCAAAUGCAACAAAAACUAUAAGCCGUGCACAUUUUUCAAGUGGGAAGACGAGGCAACCCAAAACAAAAACUAAAAAGUAGAAAUCCCUUUAAGAGCUCAAAUAUUUAACAGGGAAUUCCUAUGCAUUAGCAUAUAAAAAUAAUAAAG